AGACGCAGUCGCACACACACUAGCAGUUACACCAGCAGUUACCACAGGAACGGUCACUGUGACGGAAGGGAGCGGCGCUAAUUAUUUAGUGCAGUGGCGGCGUGUUUAUGUAAAGAGAGAGCAAAGAGAGAGUGUGUGUGUGUUUGAGUGUCGUCAACAUGAACAUUCACUUGGCGCACACCUGCACCAGCCAAUAAUUAAUGUCACUCGCUGCUGGGCAGACUCGACACACUGCACAGACAUAAGGAUCCUUGGAGAUAGAGGAAUGCAAAUCUGCAACCAUGAUGGAAGGAUUGAAAAAACGUACCAGGAAGGCCUUUGGGAUACGGAAGAAAGAGAAGGACAAUGACUCUACGGGGUCCCCAGAGAGAGAGAGUGGUUCUCAGAAGAGGACCAACGGGGCCCCGAAUGGCUUCUACGGAGAUAUCGACUGGGACAGAUAUAACUCUCCUGAGGUGGACGAUGAGGGCUACAGCAUGAGACCUGAUGAGGAGUCAGAAGAAGUUACCACCAAGAAGACCCACUUCUUCUCCUCCGACGAGUCAGAAGGAGAGGAGGACAAAAAAAAAAGGUUCAAAAUCAAGAUCAAGCCACUGCCGUCUGAUUGCGUUGUAGCAGCACCCUCAGUCAACGAGCUCAAAGUUUCCAUAGGCAACAUAUCUCUGUCUCCAUCACCUCUGAGACGUAGCCCGGGCUUGAAAAGAAACACAUCUAGUGAGGAGAUUGCCAGACCGAGACGCAUUGUCCCCACUGUUCCCACUGUGGCCCCCACACCGGCUCCAGCACCACAGCCCCCCAGCAGUCAACAAACACCAGUCCCUGAAGACACCACAGCCUUAUUUGGGCCUCCUUUGGAAACUACAUUUGGAGCAGAACAGAAAGUUGAAGUGGUUCUGUCAGAGUCAGAUGUGUGGGGUGUUCCUCUGUCAGGGUCUGAAUCCUCUUUGACAAUGUCCUUCCCAACAGGAACACCACCACCACUUCCUCCCAAGAAUGUCCCCCUCUCACCCCCAACGACUGGCCCUCCCUCUGCAGAAGAGGCUGUGACAGUGGAAGAAGAUGGCAAGAACCCUUCCAUAGUAGACUUGGACAACAUUUUUGGACCAGAGCAAGCCCUGGCUACUGUCGAGGAUAUAAAUGACACUUGGGUCUGCUUCAGUGAAGAAUCGUCUAAACAGCCACCGCUACCAGAUGAACCUGCACCUCCAAUCCCUUGCUCCCCAACUCCUCCAGAGGAACCAGCACCUCCUUUACCAGCCUCUCCACCUCCACCAGAAACUACUGCCCCUCCAUUGCCUAUAUCACCACCUCCUCGAGAAGACCCUGUACCACCUCUCCCUACCUCCCCUCCCCCAAAACUUGACCCUGCUCCCCCUCUGCCAACCUCCCCACCUCCCUCAGAAGAACCUGUUGCACCUCCCAUCCCUUCAGGUCCUCCCACACCAGAAGACAGAAAUCCUCUCACAAAUGCCACCACUCCACCCCUUCCAUCACCAAAAGAUCUUGCAUCUCCCUCUACCUCCUCUCCCCCUCCUCUCGACUUGCCAGCUAAUGUCCCUCCAGCUUCUGCUCCCCAAGCAAGCAGCUCUCCAGCAUUGAGUCCUUCCUCUGAAGAACUUUCACGUGUCGUCCCAUCAUCAAUUGUCCUGUCUCAAGAGGUGAAGCCCAGGAACACAAACAUCACCCAACCCAAAGAGGAUGUAAGAGAAACAGCCAGCUCACCCAAAGAUGUCAGUCAGGGGAGCAGGAGCACGCCUCCUCCACCCCCUCCUCCCACAUACCGGACAGUGGUGUCAUCACCAGGUCCCACAUCUGGAGCUGCUGUCACGAAUAGUGGUUCCUCUUCUCCAGUGCGACCUGCUACUCCUUCAUCAGUCAACUCAACCCCACCACCUCCUCCACCUCGCCCUCCUUCUCGGCCCAAACUUCCUCCUGGGAAACCAACCAUAGGAGAUGCAAGUCGCCCCUUCAGCCCGCCAAUACACUCAGCCAGCCCUCCUCCCGUCGCCCCACUGGCACGAGCUGAGAGCACCUCUUCAAUCUCGUCCACCAACUCAAUGAGUACUGCUACUACACCCACCGUUGGUAAAGAACUGUCCGUGUCUGUCUCAGAAGACGAUGCUUAUGUAGAGAAACUGCCCAUCUUUGAGAGACACAUUGAUUCAUUAGCAGAGAAUGACCAGCCAUCCCUUGUAUGGUUUGACAGAGGGAAGUUUUAUUUAACCUUUGAAGGCUGCUCCAGAGGGCCCAGUCCUCUCACCAUGGGGGCUCAGGACACUCUUCCAGUGGCCGCUGCAUUCACAGAGACGGUCAAUGCCUUCUUUAAAGGAGCCGACCCCAGCAAGUGUGCCGUGAAGGUCGUAGGUGAGAUGGUUUUGUCGUUUCCGGCGGGAAUUACGCGACACUUCGCCAAUAACCCGUCCCCCGCUGUGCUAACCUUCAGCAUAACCAACUUCAGCCGACUGGAGCAUGUGCUGCCUAACCCCCAGCUCCUCUGCUGCGACCCCACCACAGAAGCCCAGGCUGACGUCAAGGAUUUCUGGGUGAACAUGCCAAACCUGAUAUCCCACUUAAAGAAGGUGGCAGAGCAGAAACCACAGGCAACAUACUACAACGUGGACAUGCUGAAGUAUCAGGUAUCGUCACAGGGCCUCCAGUCCUCUCCUCUGAGCCUGGCAGUGAGCUGGAGGUGUGAGCCCACCAGCACUGACCUGAGAAUAGAUUACAAAUACAACGGAGAGGCCAUGACGACGCCUAUGGCCCUCAACAAUGUUCAGUUCCUUGUUCCUAUCAAUGGAGGGGUUUCAAAACUACAGGCUGUCUUACCUCCUGCCGCAUGGAACGCAGAGCAGCAAAAAAUCCUUUGGAAGAUUCCUGAUAUCUCUCAGAAAUCUGAAAAUGGAGGUGUGGGCUCGCUGUUGGCACGCUUCCAGCUAACAGAGGGUCCCAGUAAACCGGCUCCACUGGCCGUGCAGUUCACCAGUGAGGGCAGCACCCUGUCAGGCUGUGACAUCGACCUGGCUGGGCCAGGAUACCGCUUCUCUCUCGUCAAGAAGAGGUUUGCUGCAGGAAAGUAUCUGGCCGACAACUAACCUACACUACUGAUGGUAGCACUGUUGAGAAAAAAAACAACAAAAACAACAAAACAAUAGCAGUGAACUGAGAUUGACACCAAGGACAGAGGACAGACCAACACUCUACAUGAACCUUUUCUGAACCCACAAAACAGAUCUGCAGCCCACCCAGCAGUAUUGUAUAACUUGCAUAUAGCAUUGUGGAACUGUUUUAGGUCAUGUAAUUAUUGUAUUUGUAUUCAUUUCAUACAAUCUAUAUUGCUGCAGUGAGACACUUGGGUUCUUCCUCUAAAGUCUGUCCCUGUCUCCAUCCUUCUCUGGUCAAUGUGUGGUGGUGUUUUUUUAAUUUCACUGCAGCUGCCUGACUGAAGACGUGGACAGAGAGAGUUCCAGCCACAUAGUAAACUCUUGAUGGCAUUUGCUGGAGCCAGUCCAGAGAAUCCUAGCAGUAAAAAUACCUGUGAGUAAAAUCUUUUUUUGGUCAAACCUAUCGCUCUGAUAUGCUGGAAACAGGCAGGUCGGGGACACAAAGUAGUAAGUUAUUCACAUUCUUUCGCACAUAAGAUAAUCACGGCUUGAUGAAUAAUCACUCCACUCUGUUUGGUCCAGAUGAGACAUCUGACCUCAGCACAGACAGCAGCCAUCUUGUGUGGAUUACAUGCAUUUACUGAUGCAGUUUGACACCUGACGUAACAAAGACGUGGAUGAAAGAUGGUGUUUUACCCUCCACAGGAUUAAUAGAUUUACAUGCAUCAUAUUACUGGUACUACAGGGUCAAACAUCUUUGGAUCACUUCCUUUUCUUAUGUAUAUAUACAUAUAUAUAUAAUAUAUAUGUAUAUGUAUAAAUAUAUAAAUGCACUGAUCAGUCAAACUGUUCUUUUAUUUAAUUUUUUCCUGAAAUCUACACACACGGAGGAGAGGUUUUUAGGACGUUAGGCAGCUGCAAUGAUAAGUCAAUGUACUUGUUUGCGAAACAAGAAAAAUGUUUUGUUUUGUUUCCUGUCAGAACAAAAGAAAUGUACAAAAGUGUCAUUUUAAACAAUAAUAUAUAUAUCUUAAAGGGCGUUUGGUGUUUUUCUCGUACUGUCAGAUAGCCUUUCUGUUGUUCCCGGGACAGCAGUGUUAGACUCCAGAUACAUGACAGCAUUCUAUUUUUAUUUAUUGAUGACGAUGAUUUGUUGUAUAAAAACGUGAUUCUGUAUAUGAAAUAGAGUUUGAAUGGUAUCACACAACUCGGAACCCUUAAAGGUAUAAAUAUUGGAAAUCUCUCUUCUUCUUCUUCUUUUUUUGUUAUCUGUGUAGUGGGGUAACCUGUGUACAGUGUAAGGUAUCAUUUUUUGAAUUUAUUUCAGAUAUAAUUUUUUAAACUCAAGUGCAACAGAAGAUUUGAGCUAUAUAUGGGUGUGGGGGUAAUUUAAAGAUAAAUAUCUUCCUGGAUGCCGUGUUAUGCUUUGUGAAAGCAGUGUUUAUGUAGAGUUGGCUGUACCAUGGGCAAGGUCAUCACUGAAAGAAUAUUCUUUUUUAUUAUUAUUAUUAUUAUUAUUAUCAUUUCGUCCUUUCAAAGAAUUAGAUGUGAACAUCAGCAGCACUCUUGUGUCUGUUGUUACAUAGGACGAAGCAGAAAAUGGUCAGUGUUAGCUUAGCAUGAAGACUGGAAGAAAUGUUAAAAUACUCCAAAAACUAAUGACAUUCCCGUCAGCCUCUGCUAUAUUUUACAUUGGGACAACGGUGCUGUGUCGGCGGCGUGCGAAUGGGUGUGAAAGAUGAGUAAUAGGAAAUACACCGCACAUAGAUGUGGCUGAAUGUGUGAGUGAAUGGUAAAACUGUAGUGUAAAGCAUCUUUGAGUGGUCGGCAAGUCUAGAAAAGUGCUUCAUAAAUGCAAACCAUUUAAUGUAUGUUAAGUAUGCCACAGUUAAUAACAAUAACAAACAUGCUGACAUUAAUAUAGCAUCCCUAUACCAAGCACAGCCUCAUAGAGUUGCUUGAAAGUAGAGUUAACUGUUGGACAAACUAUAUUCUAGUCUUUUUUGCAAAGCCAAACAAGCCGGUAACUGGCUCCAGCUUCACAUUGACUGACGCCCUUCACAUCUAAUUCUUGAAAGGAAAGCAAAUAAACACGUUUCCCCCAAAAACGCGCAACUGAAAUUAGUUUAAAUCUUGAAAAAAUGUGAUGAAAUUUGUUGACCAUGGUGCCACAAGUGAGACAGGAUUUUGUUACUGGGACCAUCUUGUAUUUUCUCCCCCUUUUUAUUGUAAUAAAACGAACCUCAGUUCAUCUGUGAAUUCAUUCUCUCCCUCAGUUUAACAGAGUUUCACCUCCGUGGCACCUGAAAUCCCCGGUUAUAUCACGCGCAUCUCCCCAAUCAUACAACCCACACUCUAACCCAUGGCUUUAUUUUGCAUAAUGGUAAUGGUCUCUGUGAGAUGACAUGCGUUGAAUGAUGUUAUGGCGUGAGGUUAAGUCGAUCAAAAUGCUUCAUUUGUUUUGUUUCCUUUUGUAUUUUAUGUCAGUCAGCCCUUUGUUAAGGAGAAUAAGCUGAAUAUUUUUAAAGUGGAUAAAAACAACAAAAAAAAAUAUUCUAUUGUUUAAUGUGAAAAAAAAAAAAAACAACACUGUGCUGAUGAUGUGGAACUUCCUGAAUGCUCUGACUCAACAUGAAGAACAAAGUGUGUGUGGAGUGAAGCCGAACAUUUACGUACUGUAUUCUAUAUUGGAAUUUUUGCUAAAUGCAACCAAUCAUAAUUGUAAAAAAUAUAGUCUGGAUUUAGGAAAAUAAGAGUAAUAUUCUCAUAUCAACAGUAAUACUUUUGAUUGGACAUCUGGGCCGUGCUGUUAAAGUUUAAAUCCUUGUUCUUGGAGCCAGGAUUUACAUUUCUUUGCAUGCAGACCUAGUACAAGAGAUCUUUGUGGCUGCAUUGUGUUUGUGUGAGGCGAUAGUGAUUGGUGCCAUUUAGCUCCUCGUAACUCGUUACUUUGGUAGCACUUUUUCUCCCAGUCGUGUCACUCUUUCAUCAAGUCAACAUGCCUGACAGAAAGUUGUUACCUUCUGUGUGAAUCCCAAAUCUGUCGGUGCAACAGUCACUACAGCAUUAUCUAGAGAGAGAGGUCUGCAUCCUCCCAUGAUGCCUCUGUUUUUUAAAUGACCACUACAUCACAGCUUAGUGGUUCUUAAAGCUUGAGCUGCAAAACAGACCAAAACUCAGUCUACUGGUUGCUAGAUUGUUCCUUGUAUUCUCUAAUGAAACAAAAAAAGAAAAAAGAAACAGCAUAAAAACCUUUCUGUUCCGGAUCCUCAUCUCCGUGGGGAGUUUGUCCUGCAGUAAGUCAUUAUUGCAUGCAGAGCAUGCAGUAACAUGUGGGGCAUCUAUGAUGAUAGAUAGUACUGAAAUGACAUGUUGUGCUGAGUGUCAGUUAACCCGUGUUAAUGUUGAGAGCAGAGCAGGGAGUGUGUUUUAUGUGUGUUAUAAGCCAGAAUGCUUUUUUGGUUCUGUACCGUUAACCUCAAACACAUGUGCAAGCUGUUUGUACAGUACAUAACCACGCUAAGAUGAACUGAGAAACUUAGUUUGCUUCUUUCCAAAACCAAUAAAAGUUAUAAAUGGA